ACUCACUCUUCUUGUUGUUCCCUGGGCGGCAGGAUGAACCACUCAGCAACAUACAUUUUAGCUUCUCAGAGGCGAGUGUUUUCGCAUUUUCUGCACAGGAGACGCCAGCCAUCGAUCCCAGGGACGUGGAAAAGGUGGCUGAGCGGCGCGCCCUUCGAGUGGAGCUACGUGUCGACGCCGAGCUCGGAGCCGCUGCUGGGCCUCUCCAUCGGGCAGGUUGUGGACAGGGCCGAGCGGCGCUUCGGGGACAGGGAGGCCGUGGUGUCGGUCCAUCAGGCCGUGAGGAGGACCUUCUCGCAGGUCAAGGAGGAGAGCGACCUCGUGGCCGCGGGAUUCCUGGCGGCAGGACUGGAGCCCGGGGACCGCCUGGGGAUCUGGGGACCCAACAGCUACGAGUGGUACCUCACGCAGUUCGCCGCCGCCAAGGCUGGCCUCAUUCUGGUUAACAUCAACCCCGCCUACCGUCCCAAUGAACUCGAAUAUUGCCUCAACAAAGUCGGCGUCAAAGGCAUUGUGUGCGACGAGAAGUUCAAAACGUCAGACUACUACAAGAUGCUCUGCGCCGUGGCCCCUGAACUGCCUUCCUCCGCGCCUGGUGACCUAAGUAGUUCCGCGGUUCCCUACCUCAAGAAAGUAUUUAUGUGUUCUCAAGAAAAGCUCAGUGGCACCUUCCGAUUUCAAGAUCUUUACGGUGCGGGUGAAAGUUCCCACCGAAAAAGGGUAGAUGAACUGUCCUCUAAAAUACAGUUUGAUUCAGCCUGCAACAUUCAGUUUACAUCCGGAACGACCGGGUUGCCCAAAGGAGCUGUUCUGUCUCAUCACAUGCUGGUUAACAACGCCUACUCGAUCGGAGGCCGCACCGAAUAUCAGAAAAAGCCUCACCGUAUAUGCAUCUCCGUGCCUUUAUAUCACUGUUUUGGCUGCAUUGGAGGCACCCUUUGCGGCAUGCUGUAUGGGGCGACCUCUGUCCUUCCUAGUGCUGGCUUUGACCCCGAAGCCAUCGUCAAGACACUCGAAAGUGAGAAAAUCACCUCCUGCUACGGAACGCCCACCAUGUUUGUUGACAUUCUGAACGCCUACCGCAAGAACCCGACCGAUCUGAGCGCCAUCUCGACGGGAAUCAUGGCAGGCGCUCCUUGUCCUCAGGAACUGGUGAUGGCCGUCAUGAACGACCUCAAGAUGAAGGACUUUUUAGUGAUGUACGGGAUGACCGAGACGAGUCCCGUGACCUUCCAGUGCUUUCCUUCAGAUCCUCCAGAGGUCAGGUCAUCCACCAUCGGCUACCCGGGAGACCACAUCGAGGUGAAGGUGGUCGACGAGUCCGGGGCGAUCGUGCGCGCGGGCGAGGCGGGCGAGCUGCUCGUGCGAGGCUACUGCAACUUCCUGGGCUACUGGGACGACCCCGGGAAGACGAGGGAGAUCGUGACGGAGGACAGGUGGCUGAGGACGGGCGACCUCGCCCUCAUCCAACCCGACGGAUACGGCCGGAUCAUCGGCAUCAAGGACAUGGUCAUCCGCGGCGAGAACAUCUACCCGGCGGAGGUCGAGAACUUCUUCAUGGGUCACCCGGACGUGAUCGAGGCGGCAGGUGGGGCUUGGGUUGUGGAUUUGGGUGUCGGGAAAUUCUCAUGUAAUUUUCUUCCCAUAACACUGGAAAACCUCCUUCGGACACAGGUGUUCGGAGUGCCCGACGCCAGGAUGGGGGAGGAGGUGGCGACUUGGAUCAGAAAAGCCGAGGAUUCCAGCCUUUCGGACGCGGAGCUCCGGGAAUGGUGCAAGGGGAAGAUCGCCCAUUAUAAAGUCCCCCGAUACGUGCUGUUCAAGGACGAGUUCCCACGGACGGUCACGGGCAAGAUACAGAAGUUCAAGAUGCGGGAACUGACCAUCGAGGAGCUGAACUUGAAGACGUAGAGAGCUUUCUAAGAAUAGGAUCUUGGAUGUUCUUUUAUGAGCUGAUGCUUUGGAAGUACGGUAUGAGAUUAGGAUAGAGAGUGUAAUUGUGUGUUUGGUGGUCAUGUGAGUGUAUUCGAAAUGAGUUUCAUUGUCAAGAUGAAUUUACAAUUUUUA